AUGGGCGCCCUCAACCUCGCAGAAUGGCAGAAGCUGCCUGUCAGUCUCACGGAGCUCUGCAUCAACACAACCCUGAGAUGCGGGCAAUCUUUCAGAUGGCGGAAGAACGACGCUGGCGUCUGGUCUAUCGCCCUACAUAACCGCAUCCUGUCCCUCCAUCAAGAUCCCGAAUACCUCUACUACCGCUCCAUACCUCCGACAUCACUCCAAGCCCCGCCAACGCCACCUUCAUCCAAGCCGCCCUCAGUGCCAGAAGAAUCCGCAGAUGAUGAUACUCUGGAUCUGAUCAAGCACUACUUCAAACUGGAUCCGAACCUCACAGAGCUCUAUCGACAAUGGUCAUCCUCAGAUCCCAACUUCGCCAAGAAAGCACCUAAAUUCACGGGGAUCCGCAUCAUGAAACAGGAUGCCUGGGAGGCGCUCAUUGGAUUCAUCUGCAGCAGUAACAACAACAUCUCCAGGAUCUCGCAGAUGGUGCAUAAGCUAUGUAUCAACUAUGGGCCACUGCUGGGCCAUCUAGACGACGAGCCCUAUCACGACUUCCCUGAGCCCGAUGCUCUUGCUCAGGACGGCGUGGAAGCUACAUUGCGAAAUCUGGGCUUUGGGUAUAGAGCCAAGUACAUUCAUCAGACAGCACGUAUGGUGGUCUCAAAACCCUCUGGCUGGCUCGACUCGCUCCGCAAUCCAGAGUCGCCCGCCUUCGGUCUGAAAGCGUCUCCAGGUGGCGAGUGGGACGAUGCAGGUCGAGAAGGCUAUCGUUCGGCCCAUGAAGAGCUUCUUACUCUCCAAGGCGUAGGCCCCAAAGUCGCCGACUGUGUUUGCUUGAUGGGUCUCGGAUGGGGCGAAGCAAUCCCAGUUGAUACCCACGUCUGGCAAAUCGCCCAAAGGGACUACAAGUUUGGCAAAGGGAAGCAUUCGAGUCUGACAAAACAGACUUACGAUGCGAUUGGGAAUAAGUUCCGAAGCUUGUGGGGCAGGGAAGCUGGAUGGGCGCAGUCGGUGUUGUUCACGGCGAAUUUGAGAGCAUUCAGUGAGCGGCUUGUUGCGAAGGAUGAAAAGGAAGUAGUCAAAGUGGAAGACAAUGGCGAGACGGUGGUGAAGAGGGAGAAAAUAAUGGAAAAGGCUAUUAAGAGAGAACACGAGGAAGAUGAAGUGAAGGCCAUUGAAGUUGAAGAGAAGGUAGUCCGAUCGAAGCGAAGAAGGCGGAAUUGA